GCUCGAGCCUGUGCGGCAGGAUGGAGCCAAGGGAGAGCGUGGUGCGGGGGCGUGGGGAAAUCGGGUUGCCCCAGCCGUUACUGGUCCGCGCAGUCAGGGCAUCCUCCACAUACUUCCAUGGCUCUGAAGAAUAAAUUCAGUUGUUUAUGGAUCUUGGGUCUGUGUUUGGUAGCCAGUACAUCUUCCAAAAUCCCAUCCAUCACUGACCCACACUUUAUAGACAACUGCAUAGAAGCCCACAACGAAUGGCGUGGCAAAGUCAACCCUCCCGCGGCCGACAUGAAAUACAUGAUUUGGGAUAAAGGUUUAGCAAAGAUGGCUAAAUCAUGGGCAAACCAGUGCAAAUUUGAACAUAACGACUGUUUGGAUAAAUCAUAUAAAUGCUAUGCAGCUUUUGAAUAUGUUGGAGAAAAUAUCUGGUUAGGUGGAAUAAAGUCAUUCACACCAAGACAUGCCAUUACGGCUUGGUAUAAUGAAACCCAAUUUUAUGAUUUUGAUAGUCUAUCAUGCUCCAGAGUCUGUGGCCAUUAUACACAGUUAGUUUGGGCCAAUUCAUUUUAUGUCGGUUGUGCAGUUGCAAUGUGUCCUAACCUUGGGGGAGCUUCAACUGCAAUAUUUGUAUGCAACUACGGACCUGCAGGAAAUUUUGCAAAUAUGCCUCCUUACGUAAGAGGAGAAUCUUGCUCUCUCUGCUCAAAAGAAGAGAAAUGUGUAAAGAACCUCUGCAGGACUCCACAACUUAUUAUACCUAACCAAAAUCCAUUUCUGAAGCCAACGGGGAGAGCACCUCAGCAGACAGCCUUUAAUCCAUUCAGCUUAGGUUUUCUUCUUCUGAGAAUCUUUUAAUGUCAUUUAUAUACAAAAGAAAUUCUCAAAUGUUAAAAUAAAGGAAUAGUUUAUUGCUUAAUAUAA